CGCAUGCGCUGGGGGCGGGACUUCCGGCUACGUUCCCUGCUGUGUAUGUAUUUAUCUUUCUUAGCGUCUGCUUUUCUCUUCAGGUUCCGGAACGCGGGUUCAGGGUCUGGGUGACUGGUCGUGAAGACGCGACGGGAGGCGCGGUCCCCGCCUAACACAGUUCAGGCCGGGUGUCCGCUCCCCUCCGGCCUGCUGCCGGCGCACCGAGUCCGAUGGCGGCGGCCGCGCCCAUGGACUCGGCUGAGGAACGCAAGGAGAGCAUGGAACAUUCAACUGUCUGUCUAUCUUACCCAGAGACGUCUUAAAGAACUGAUUCCUGGGCUACCACUGAAGUGUCUGAGUCAAGAGGUCUCUGUUGUGGACUGAGAAUGAGCAUUUCUAAUGAGCUGAGGCUCAGAUUCUCCCCUUGCACACUGGCUCCAACUGAAAAUGGCAACAUGUGUUUGGUACCAAAAACAGCAUUGGUCAACUUGCACUAUGAUUGGGAUGAUUUCAGACUCCUAAAAGGAACUGGGUAUAUCUGAGACUAUGGACGAAGAAAUAUACGGGUAAAAGUGUUCCUUCAUAGAUGGGACGCAAUCGCGAUACAGGUAAGAGAGGCUAAGUGUGGUACCAGAGGCUGACCACGUCACUGACCACAUCAUUCGGGGCAGCCUACCAUCCCUUGUCCUUCUUCCCUGACAUGCACCUGUAUGGGACUUAGAAAGGAAACCACGGGCGGCAAAUGGAGUCACUUCUGCUGGGCCGUGUCACCAAACUAGUGCAUAAUGCCGAAGUUCACUGCACUUUUGACUUCCCCAGAAAUUCCGUUUCCACUGCUCAGUCAGGAAUACAGCGGUCAGCACCAAAAAGCGCUUUGGAGCUGCCCUCUGCGUGCUGGACGGGGUGCUGCCCAACCCAGAUACUCAGGAAUAGCGCCGAAAGCCCCUCAGAAUGCACCGUGUUGAAGUUUUAUGAUUUAACAGGAAGGUUUCUAAGUUCCUAACGAACUAUGAACUGACUAACGCGCUGAAGGAUGCAAGCAUGAAGAGCAACAACAACUUUCCAGGUAGACAGAGAGACUCAUUUAUUUCAGAGGCGCCUCAAGGGAUGAUUUGUCAUUUACCUCAGCCACGGAAUUCGGGAGUAUCUAACGUAACGGUUUUCUCCUUUGGAAGAAGAUUGGCCUUCCUGGAGUCUUCUCCGCCUUAAACCAGAACCAAAUGCGGUCCGGUACCUCUGAGGAGGGGCAGAACUUUCCGGAAUCCCUCAAGGUGAGACCUGACCGAAGCGCCGAACUCCAGGGUAGAAGACCCCUUUUCUGAGACCGCCCAAGUUCUGGGAGCCACAACACCCGGAAGACCCUCGGCCCUGACGACAGAGCAAGGGGCCAAUGAAAGAACAGGACGGGGCAUUUCUAGGCGUGCGCAUCCGCUAGGGCGGGACUUCCUGCCAAUUGCGGCGUUCGGCCUCUCUUUCCCGUUUGUUUACUUGGGAGGGUUCGGAAACGCACUUUGUGAAGGGUGAUUAGUGGAGAAGACGUGAGGGGGGGCUGUUUCCUCCAAGACAGACUCGGGGCCCGAGGCUCUGUGACAUCUCUCGAGUUGCCGCGUACCGGGGCUUAGACAAAGACUAAUGGCCCGGGUGUCCGCUCAGCUCCCGGCUCCGCUUCGCCCACAGAGUCCGAUGGCGGCAGCCCCGCCCAGGGACUCGGCUGAGGUUGCUGCUGUAGAGCAGAGGAUGAGGAGGCCCCCUUUGCACAGAGCGCUUCCGUAGGCGUUUCACGGACCUGGAUGCCCAGGGCUGCUCUGUCUUCCCGGAAGACCCACCCCUGUGAGAUGUGCGGUCCCGUCUUGAGAGACAUUUUCCACUUGGCUGAGCUCCAGGGGAAAGAAAACAGCCAGAAACGGUUGAGGUGUGGGGCCUGCGGGAAACGAUUUUCUUUCAGUGUGAAGUUGGAGCAGCAGCAGCAACAGGAGGAGCCCUCGGGAGCAAAACCAUUCAGAAGCCGUGUGUACCGGGCCUCUGCUGUCAAGAGCUGGGGAUUCGGUAGUUUGGGAAAGCCCUUUACCUGUGGAGAGGUUGAGAAGGACUUGCUGUCUGGCUCGGGGCAUCUGGGGCAAGAGGCCACUCGUACUGUGGAGAAGCCACAUAGAAUCUCCCAGUGCAGGGCCACAUUACAAUGCGGAAGCAGUCAUGGCGCUUGGGGUGGAUGCGAGAACGCCUUUGGUCCCAAACACACGGAUACUCGGGAGCAGGGUGUCCACUUUGGUAGACAGUCCUUUGUGUGCAGUGAAUGUGGGAAAAUUUUCAGGUACAAAUCCUUAUUUGCCAUACACCAGAGAUACCAUACUGGAGCACGACAUCAUGAGUUUGGUCCAUGUGGAAAAUCCCUUGGGCAACGACCAACCCUGAAUGAACAUAGGAAGACUCCGCGUGGGUCCACGCAGUACAUGUGCAGCAAAUGUGGGAAAUCCUUCAGUGGCAAAUCUGUCCCCCUUCAUGUCCAGAGAUGGCACAGUGGAGGAAAGAGUUAUGUUUGUAGCGAGUGUGCAGAAUCCCUUAGUGGGAGCUCAUUGUUGAUUAGUCAUAGGGUUCAGUCUGGAGAACGUUUAUAUAAGUGUCGUUGCUGUACAAAAUCUUUUCCGUCUAUGUCUGCCCUGUCAUAUCAUCAGAGAUCUCACACAGGGGAAAGACAGUAUGAGUGCAGUGAUUGUGGGAAAUGUUUUACCAGUAGUUCGGUCCUCCAUUACCACCAGAGACUUCACAUUGGAGAAAGGCCUUAUGAGUGCGGUGGCCAGUCCUUUCUCCGAAGAAAUAGCCUCAGUGUACACAUAAAGGUUCAUUCAGGUGAAAGGCCUUUCAAAUGUAAUGAAUGUGGGAAAUCUUUGAAGUGUAAGUCAGCAUUCAUUAAACACCAGAGAAUUCACACAGGAGAAAGGCCUUAUGAGUGCAGUGAAUGUGGCAAGUCCUUUCUACGAAGAAAUACUCUGAAUGUACACAUAAAGGCUCAUUCAGGGGAAAGACCUCAUAAUUGUAAUGAAUGUGGGAAAUCAUUUAAGUUUAAGUCAACAUUCAUUAAACACCAGAGAAUUCACACAGGAGAAAGGCCUUAUGCUUGCAGUGAAUGUGGGAAAUCUUUUAUCUCUAGGACUGACCUACGGUAUCAUCAGAGAAUUCACACAGGAGAGAGACCUUAUCAGUGCACAGAAUGUGGCAAGUCCUUUUUCCGAAGAAAUAUCCUCAAAGUACACAGAAAGGUUCACUCAGUUGAAAGGCCUUAUAAGUGUAAUGAAUGUGGGAAAUCUUUGAAGUGUAAGGCAUCAUUGAUUAAACACCAGAGAAUUCACACAGGAGAGAGGCCUUAUGAGUGCAGUGAAUGCGGGAAAUCUUUCAUCACUAGUUCUGUGCUUCAUUCUCACCAGAGAGUUCACACUGGAGAAAGGCCUUAUGAAUGCAGUGACUGUGGGAAAACUUUUACCACUAGUUCUGUCCUCCGUGAUCACCAGAGACUUCAUACUGGAGAAAGGCCUUAUGAGUGCAGUGAAUGUGGGAAAACUUUUACCACAAGUUCUGCCCUGCAUUAUCACCACAGAGUCCACACUGGAGAAAGACCUUAUAAGUGCACUGAAUGUGGCAAGACCUUUGUCCGAAGAAAUAGCCUGAGCGUGCACCUAAAAGUUCACUCAGGUGAAAAGCCUUAUAAGUGUAAUGAAUGUGGGAAAUCAUUGAAGUGUAAGUCAACAUUCAUUCAACACCAGAGAAUUCACACAGGAGAAAGGCCUUAUGAGUGCAGUGAAUGUGGGAAAUCUUUUUCAGCUACUUCUGUCCUUCGUUCUCACCAGAGAAUACACACAGGAGAAAGGCCUUAUGAGUGUAGUGAAUGUGGAAAAUCUUUUACCUCUAGUUCUGCCCUCCGUUCUCACCAAAGAGUGCACACUGGAGAAAGGCCUUAUGAGUGCCAUGAGUGUGGCAAGUUCUUUCUCCACAGAAAUAGCCUCAAUGUACACAUCAAGGUUCACUCAGGUGAAAGACCCUAUAAAUGUAAUGAAUGUGGGAAAUCUUUGAACUAUAAGUCAACGUUCAUUCAACACCAGAGAAUUCAUACAGGAGAAAAACCUUACCUGUGCAGUGAAUGUGGGAAAUCUUUUAGUCAUAGCUGCGCCCUCCGGUAUCAUCGUCAGAGUCACCUUGGAAUAAGUCCCUAUGAUUGUAGUGAAUGUGGGAAAUCUUUUACCUCUAGUUCUGUCCUCCGUGAUCACCAGAGACUUCACACUGGAGAAAGGCCUUAUGAUUGCAGUCAGUGUGGGAAAUCUUUCACUGCUCGUUCUGUCCUCCGUUCUCACCAGAGAGUUCACUCUCGGGAAAGGCCUUAUGAGUGCAGUGAAUGUGGCAAGUCCUUUGUCAGAAGAAAUAGCCUCAAUGUACACAUAAAGGUUCACUCAGGUGAAAAGCCUUAUAAGUGUAGUGAAUGUGGGAAAUCUUGGAAGUGUAAGUCGACAUUCAUAAAACACCAGAGAAUUCAUAUAGGAGAAAAGUCUUUUGCUUGCAGCUAAUGUGGGAAAUCUUUUAUGAGUCAUGGUGCUCUUAGUCAUCAUCACAGAGUUCACAGUAGCAACAGGCCUUAGGGGUGCUGGUGUUGUGGGGAAUCUUUUUGCUAAAUCUUUAGUCUCCUUCAACCUGAGGAAAUACACAGGAAAUAGAGUCCUUAUGGGCAAUAUUAUGAACUGAAUGUUUAUGUUCACAAAAACUGGUAUGUUCAACCCCUAUCCUCUAAUGCAGUAGGUUUAGCAUGUGAUGUCUUGGGAGAUAAUUCAUAGAUAACGUUUCAUGAAAAUCUGAAUUAGCCCUGGAGCAAGGCUUCAUGAGUAGGUGAAUGACACAAUUCCUUUAUCUGGUUAUCUGUAUUCAUUCCACACUUGAGAGUUCACACUGCAGAAAGAGUUAAAAAUAGCAUAAAAUGUAACAUUUCCUUCUUUAGAAUAUUUACUCUGGAGAAGAACCUUUUUGAGGAAGCCACCUUCCUGAAUUGAACUUUGUUCACCUGAAUCUCUACAGUGGAAUGACUUUGCGUAAGUUCAGCCUUUUGGCAAAAAAUUCAGAAGGUGUAUAUUGUGUUCUAAUGUGUCUGAAGUUAAUGCUAGAAGUCACUGCCAGAUUGCAUGGCAGAAGUCAUUUCAUCUCUGCCACCUGGAUGGUCCCAAUAAUGUAGAUCAGUCACCACCCAACAUGCUUAACAGUGCUGCUGUCCUUUGUCAUUUGCUGAUGGAAAUUACAGGUAAUUGGGUCUCUUCAUUUCCUUCUGAUUUUGGUCAUGCAUGUAACCCAGUGUUGACCAUCAGCACCUGAUCUAUGUUUUGGGCAGUUAGUUGCACAGGAAGACUAAAUCUCAUAGGGAGUUGUUGGUCUUAUAAUGCUUCUGAUAAAUCUUUGCAGCUUCCAAGCUGCAAUUUCAAUUGCAUUUCCAAUCAAUUUCCAAUCUGCAUUUCCAGAGGAAAUGUUUAUGCAUUAAUAUGUCCUUUUUAUUUAAUUACCUGUAAUCUUCGGUGUUGUGUUCACUCUAAGGAGUGGUUUGAAAUCAGAAUUGGGCUCCCCACAUGUAGGAGUGAGCAGAUUUCAUUGCAUUCCAUGUUAAUUGUGUCCCACAAUGGAUAUUACCUACCUGCAUACAUUACUAUUCUCCAGCCUGGGCCUUAAUUUGCAUUAACUCUGAAACCUAUCUGAUGGGCUGAAUGUGCACUCACAAUUCACAUUUUGAAGUUAUAAUCCCCCCAACCUCUCAACGUGACUAUAGUUAGACAUAGCAUCUUCAAAGACAUCAUGAAGUUGAAGUGGGUUAUUAGGAUGGACUCAUGCGGUAUGGCUGGUGUCAUAAGAAGAGGAGAUGAGGGUACAAGCACACCUGGGUGAUUGUGAAGAUGGGAUCCCCAUCUGCAAGCCAAGGAGAAAGGCCUCAGAAGAAACUAACCCGGCUGACACCUUAUGUUCAUUUUCGAGACACCAGGUUGGGGUGAAAUAAAUUUCUCUUGUCUGGUCACUCAGAGCGUGGUACCAUGUUACAUCAGUUCUAGCUAAUACAGCCUCCUCAGAUCUACACCUAGGUUUUGUGGUCUGGGUGCCAGGAAGCUUUGUGUGCCCAGAGGUCACCGUGAAGAGGGAGCACUUGAGACCUUCUCCAGUGCUUGUGGAAACAAAUAUUUUGCUUGUCCAUAGCUGAUAGCCCAGGCUGCCGGGCACUGUUGAGUGGAAUCUCUACCCACAUCCUUCACAGGAGUCUUGUGACCAGCUGUGCAGUUUCCACUUGGAGCUGCACAGGGGCAGGGGGACUCUAAUUGGUAAUCUAGAUGAUUGGGUAACUAGGGAGUAGAGGAGACACCAGCCACCUAAGUAGUAUGUAUCUCUUAAAGUGUGCCCUCAGAUGUUGUAGUGACUGGCUGGGAAGGAUCAGUGUGCACAGAAAUUCUCCACUUUCAGAUACACAUUGUCAAAAUAAUCCAAAGGUCUCUGAAUUAUUUUGUCCUUUGUGGUGCUUACAUGUCAAGGCCACUGUGGUUUAGGCCAGAAAACGACAAAAACGGGAGAUUUCAGAGUCCAAGGGUGUAACUUUGUGACCCCACUUAGGGAGCAUUCUUCUUAGUGUCUUGUAUAGCUAUGGCAGACACGUGUUCUGAAUCAGCUUCCUCCCUGGUUGUCACUCAGGUACACCCCAGCCUCCAGGGCUAUAAAAGCAAGUCUUACUGGUGGAGGUGGUGUGGAGUCCUACUUCUGCUAAGGUUGCCCUAGUCUUGCUUGUGUCCCCAAGGCCUUCUAUAAACCAUUCCUUGGGUUGUGUGGGUGG